AUGAUGGAAGAAUUUGCGAAACUCUUAACAGACUCAUUAAAAUCGUUAAGAGAUAACGCGGUGAAACCUGUGGUAUCGACGGCAGUGAGUGUUCCAGUUUUUGACCUGUUACAAGACGAUGAUGGCGCAUCAAGAUGGUGCGAUGAACUGGAGAAACUUGGCGAGACUUUUACAUGGUCUAGCUACAAGUUAUUGGUGAGAGGUGCUAGCAGCUUGGUUGAAGAAGCGAAAGACUGGUUUUCUGGAUGGAAGCCAGUUCAAAAUACGUGGGACGAAUUUCGAACCGAAAUAUCAAGUCUGUAUCCUGCAAAGCGCAACGUAAGCCAAAGCUACGCAAGGCCGCCCUGUAUACAAGCAAGGAGGCUGAUUCCUAUUGUGAGUAUUCCAGAAAAAAGAUUUAUCUUAUUAAUGCAUUAA